AUGGCCAACUCAACCAAUACAUCAACUUUCCCCAUCCAGCCGGAGCAUGCAGAUCCAGAGCCUGACGCAAUCGCGAUUAUCAAGCGGAGUGAAGGCAUCACCACCAUCACCAUGAACCGGCCAAAGAAACGAAAUGCCAUAGACAUUCCAACAGCGAAGAAACUCUACUCGGCAUUCCUCGACUUUGAAGCUGACGCAUCCCAAAAGAUCUGCGUCUUACACGGAAAUGGAGGGACGUUUUCAUCCGGCUUCGACCUGACCCAGCUGGCCACUUGGCAUGGAGAAUUACCGAAUAUGGCCCAGCAUUCCAGUAUCACUCGAGGGCACUUUGAACCAGGGUGCCGCUGCUCGAUGGAGGAACAGUCAGGCUGCCGCAAAUUAUAG